UCAGAUAACGAGCUGUGAUAUAGAUGGUAGAUGUUUAAAAGUGAAAUGUGACAUGUUACAAGACCCUAUUCUAGUUCUGCAGGGACCAAAGGGGGGACCAAGGGGCCACCCGCCCCGCCCCGCCACGGGCACCAGUACACCAGUACAAUACGAGGCAGGAAGGUGCAGUACUGUACACGGAACUCAAGAAAACGACGACAUUAAAGGAUUCAACGAGAAGUUGGAAAACAAAGACGAUUCCUUCAAUAUUCUGGAUUUUUACUAACAUAGGUAAGCGAUGUGGACAACUGGUCAGGGCUGGAGGCGUGGCAGAAUAUUAGGGCGUGGCAGUUUGUUACAAAUUGCCCUCCUACUUCUUCUUCACAACAUCAGAGCAGACAACAGUCGACAACAAAAGAUUCAUGAGUUGAUGAGCAAAGAGGAGUUGGCCAGUGUUUUUCAAGUCACAGAGCAUCACUUAGUGCCUGAAUAUGAGGUGGUUCAUGUUCACUCAAGAAAACAGAAAAGAGACACUGAUCCAGUUCAUCAGGUCUCACUCCGUGUAUUUGGUCGGGACCUGGAGCUUGAGCUGAGACGAAACCUGAACCUCGUUCCGGAGAACAGAAACCUCGACCUCUUCUUCGCAGAGAACGACAAGGACGACAUCAGCUACGUCAUCGACGAUCAGAUUGAAUCAGCUGAUUUGGGUUCCGUUUAUCAGGAUGUCAGAACACAAGCAGCACUCCUCCUUUAUAAACAAGAGGCAGGAGAACAGCAUUAUAUGGACGGGACAAUUGGUGAUGAUCUUGUCGUGAAACCAGCACCACCUAGCGUUAAAAACUACAUGUACAACUCACCACUAACGUCAGAGCCUCCCUCUCAUUGGUCCAAUCAUGACGAGAAGACCUCCCAUUGGUCAGACCCAGAUAUUCAUUCAGAUAGAAAUAUUUCCAAACCAAAUUACCUAGAAGAAGAGGAAGAAGACCUACCUGAAGAUUAUGCUUUCUUAGAUGAGGAUGAUGACGUGAAGGCCUACAACAGACUGGACCGAAGAUUUCGGCGGGAUGUCAGCUGUUCCACGUGCAUAAAAACCGGUUUACACAUAGUGUACAAGAGGAAGGAUGAUGAAAAACAUCUGGGGGAUUACGAAAUAAUGGAGACGGAUGAGGACGAAAAACCAGAAACAUUUUCAACCCCAGAGAAUAAAACUCAUUCAAGGAAGAAGCGUCAAGCUCCGUUCAUGAUUUUUCCGGAAAUUCUGGUCAUCGUGGACUACGAUGGAUACAGGCUGCACGGUGAAGACAAUAUUGCUAUUAAACGCUAUGUUAUUUCCUUCUGGAAUGGUGUAGACCUGAGAUAUAAACUGCUGCAGGGACCUAGUGUUAAAAUAUCUAUAGCUGGGAUAAUUAUAUCCAGGGGUCGAGAUGCUACUCCGUAUCUCGAGCGGAAUCGAGUUGGCCGGGAUGCGAUUGAUGCCGCGUCUGCGCUCACGGAUAUGGGGAAAUAUCUGUUCUUAGAACGUCGUCUUCCUGUUUACGAUAUUGCAGUCGCCAUUACAAAACUUGACAUGUGCAGGCGGAAGACCCGGCACGGUGACUGUAACCGAGGAACAGCUGGGUUUGCCUACGUGGGUGGAGCCUGUGUUGUUAACAAGAGAUUAGAGAAGGUGAACAGUGUAGCUAUAGUGGAGGAUACAGGGGGAUUCUCAGGAAUUAUUGUUGCAGCUCAUGAACUUGGACACUUACUUGGAGCUGUUCAUGAUGGUUCUCCUCCCCCCUCCUACCUAGGAGGUCCAGGAGCUGUUAAAUGCAGAUGGGAGGAUGGUUACAUCAUGAGUGAUCUCCGUCACACCAGUAAAGGGUUUAAGUGGAGCUACUGCACGGUCAAUCAAUUCCAUCAUUUUCUCAAUGGAGAAACUGCCACCUGCAUGUACAAUUCCCCUCACGAAGAUGAAAGCCUGCCACGUGUUCUCCCGGGAAAACUGCUUUCUCUUGAUGCACAAUGCCGCAAGGAUCGAGGAACAUCUGCCUGUUUUAAAGACGACCGCGUGUGCGCUCAGUUGUUCUGUUUUGAUGCCGGGUCUGGAUACUGUGUAUCAUAUCGACCUGCAGCAGAAGGUUCACGCUGUGGUGACAAUCAGAUGUGUUUGAACGGCAAAUGUAUAUCUGAAAAUGAGAACGCAAUCGACUACGGAGAUGCCUUCCUCCGAAGAACUGGAACAGCAAUUAGUACAACCUUUGAGGAAGUGCCUGACAAGCAUAGGAUUGACUGGGAUCUUCCUUCCUCCCAACCUUCUCCUACUCCUCCCUCCUAUCCUACUCCUACCCCUCCAACCCCUCCUCAAUCCACUACAUUGCCAUGGUGGAGACGUCUUCAGUUGAAACUGAUGGAUCGACAAGCGGAGUUAUCUUCAACGUCUUCAACAACAACCACAGCAUCAAUAAUAGUUUCAACAACUACAACUACAACAGCUCCUCCACCAACUACUACAACGAAAUCUUCUGUUGAGGAAAAAGAACUAGAGGAAAGGGUCGAUGAUGAUGAAUUAAAUGAAUUAGAUCUGUUAGAGGAAGGAUGUGAGGAUCGAAUAACAAAUAUUGCUGGUAGUCUCUCUUGUAAAGCAUUUUUAAGAAGUUUUGCGUAUCAGUAUUGUAAGCAUAAAUAUAUAGAAAAGAACUGUUGUUCCUCACAUAAACGUUUUUGUUCUGGCUCUACUCACGGAUAGGCUGAUGGACUCAUAAAACUGACAGAGAAGAACUCUUAAAACUUGUCUAAAUCGACUCACAAAACAUACUGUUGUAAAUCAAAUUGUUAAAUUGGCACAGAUAAAAUCAUAAGAAACAAUAUCUACAAACUCAAAAAAUCAACAAAUAGAACUCAUGUGUUCUAAGGUUUCAAAGACCGUGAAUCAUAAAAUGGACUCAUAAAACCAAUCAUAAAAUGGCUCAUAAAACCAAUCAUUGGAUAUAAUACACAGAAAACAAGGACUCAUAAAACUGUAAAUUUCACAUUAAAGACCCGUAUUUUUGCCAGCCUUCCCUGAGAGUAAUUUUGGAAGCAAAAUUUGGUGCCAAACCCCCGUCAUUUACCAAUGGCAUUAUUUGAACCUGUGAAAUUGAAAUAAUAAAAAAAAAACAUUUUAAGAACACAACGCAUUAUCAAGUGAUGAAACAAAUCGUGAAUUAUUUAGUAACUUUUUAUGAACCAUGUUUAUCUCGUAUAUAUAUAUAUGUAAAUCGUGCUUGUUGGCAAAUCGCAAUGUAAAUGUUAGAUAUUUUGUGAUUUUAAACCAGUUAAAUAAAAACCUAUUUUUGUUA